UCCGCAGCCGCUUCCGGCGCCUGGAUGACGCUGACGACUCCUUGCGUUCCUAUUGGCUGCGGCGGGAGGUUUCCAUGGAGACCGCCGGGCCCGGCGACUUCCGGAGACGUGUCCGAGGGGGAAAUGGCGGCGGGAGCGGGGCCCGCGGGGCAGGGCGGCGAUGCCGAUGAGCUCUUCGACGUGAAGAACAGCUUCUACAUCGGGGCCUACCAGGCAUCCAUCAACGAGGCGCAGCGGGUCAAGCCAUCCAGUCCAGAGAAGGAAGUGGAGAGGGAUGUGUUCCUGUUCCGAGCCUACAUUGCCCAGAGAAAAUAUGGGGUUGUUCUGGAUGAAAUUAAAGCCAGUGCUUGUCCUGAGCUCCAAGCAGUGAGGAUGUUUGCAGAGUAUCUUUCAAAUGAGAGCCAAAGGGAUGGAAUAGUUGCUGAUUUGGACAAGAAAAUGGCAAAAAGUGUGGAUGUGGCCAACACCACCUUCCUGCUGAUGGCAGCUUCCAUCUACUUCCAGGACCAGAAUCCCGACGCGGCUCUGCGGGCCCUGCACCAGGGGGAGAGCCUGGAGUGCAUGGCCAUGAUGAUACAGAUUCUUCUGAAGCUCGACAGGCUCGACCUGGCUCGCAAGGAACUGAAGAAGAUGCAGGAGCAGGAUGAGGAUGCAACUCUCACUCAGCUGGCAACUGCCUGGGUGAACCUGGCCACAGGUGGGGAGAAGUUACAAGAUGCCUACUACAUCUUCCAAGAGAUGGCAGACAAGUGCUCCUCCACCCUGCUCCUGCUGAACGGCCAAGCAGCCUGCUACAUGGCUCAGGGCAAGUGGGAUGAUGCAGAGGGAGUGCUCCAGGAGGCACUGGACAAGGACAGUGGCCAUCCUGAGACCCUGAUCAACCUCGUGGUCCUGUCACAGCACUUGGGCAAACCCCCAGAGGUUACAAAUCGCUAUUUGUCACAGUUGAAAGAUGCUCAUAAAAAUCACCCCUUCAUCAAGGAGUAUCAGGCAAAGGAGAACGACUUUGCCCGGCUGGCCAUGCAAUACGCCCCCAGCGGCUGAGGAGGGGCAGGAGCCUGCAGCCCGGGUACCCCGGGGACUGGGCUUGCUGUGCAAAACCUCUCUGGUAACACGGGAAAAUGCCCCCCCCGCCAGUCAGUCUGGCUUAACUCUCUCAGCAGGGUCUUGCCAUCCUCUAAGCCAGGGCUAGAGCUGUAUUUAAUGUGCAGCUGCUUGGAUUUGGUAGCUGAAAAUGCUGCCUUCUGGCUUAGCUGGGUCCUGAACUCUGUUUAAAACACAGCAGCCAUCAGGAGUGAGCAGCACUGCACCUCACCCCUUCCUAAUAAAGCCUUUUCUGGA